AGUCUGAGUUUCUUUAAGAUUUUUUUUUUUCUACCUGUUUGGGGGAGGUGUUUGCUCUGCUAUGGUUCAUUCAUAUGUCUGCUCUGGCUCACGUAGGGUUAAGUGCUGCACCUGCUGAGGUGUGCCUGUCUUAAGGCACCUGUUCCAUCGGCCAAUCAACGCUGGAGUUAUACAAAGAGCCCACCUGUCAGAAAAGAUACCUGUACACAAAUCCUCACACAUAAAUCUAAAACAUCAUUCUCCGGGGGAUGCCUGUGCUUAACAAGAAUUAGAGGAACAACACAUUUUGGAGAAGAGCCAUUUACACAACUUUGAGGGAAAAUGUCUAAUGAACUAGAUUACAGGCCAGUCAUGCUUCUCCAGAAUGACAGCAUCAAUUUCCAGAAAUAUUCUUACAGCACUGAUGAGGAGACAUGGUCCAAAUACCUGGAUAAUCCUAUGACUGCAGCUACCAAAGCUAUGAUGAGGGCAAAUGGGGAUGAUGAUGGCGUUACCGCAUUGAGCUUUCUCUAUGAUUACUAUAGGGUUCCAAAAGAAAAAAGAAUAAUUCCACCAGGGUCAACAGACCGUUGUGAACAAGUGAAAAGACAAUGCAGUGAAUACGACUCAGACGUUUCAUCGUAUGAAAGCUCAACUCAUCUCAUGAAAUUUCUAAAUGAUAAUCCCUCGUCUACGCAAGAUUAUGCAGAUUCACAUAAAAAGAACAGUUAUUUAACACUGGACUGUCUGAUAAAUCCCAGUAAACUGACUUUACCAGCAAAUACCAACAAAUUAACCAGUGAUACACAUGAGGGUUUCAUGGCCACAUCAUGUGAUGUGUUCGAGAAGAAUUCUUUAAACAAUCUCUUUGAACCAUUACAUGUAGCCCAGCAACAACAGCGUUGGCAACCAGACAGUACAUUUAAAGAAGACAAUCCAGAGCCCCUCAUAUUCAAUGAUAUUCUUAGAGGUCAGGCAGAAUCCACCUGCUCCGCAGAUUACCUACCCGCUGAAGCCAAUUGUGACUUUGAAUACACACUGGAAUCCCCCAAAGCCAUUCACGUCAAGUCCGGCGACUCUCCAAUGGCAUAUCUCAACAAAAGUCAAUUUUAUCCAGUAAAUCUUCGGAUGGCAGAUAACAGGAAAUGUUUGCAACUGUCUUCCAAUAAAGUCAAGAGUGUUGUAAUGGUCGUCUUUGAUAAUGAGAAGAAUCCUGAAGAGCAAUUAAAACGCUGGAAACACUGGCAUUCCAGACAGCCAACUGCAAAGCAAAGAGUUAUUGAUGUUGCUGACUACAAGGAAAACUGCAACACUGUGGAGAGCAUUGAAGAAGUUGCCUAUAAUGCUUUGUCAUUUGUAUGGAAUAUCAAUGAAGAGGCCAAGGUCUUUAUUAGUAUUAACUGCCUGAGCACGGAUUUCUCAUCUCAGAAGGGUGUAAAGGGUGUGCCUUUAAAUCUCCAGAUUGACACUUAUGACUAUGACACUGGGGUGAAGAGACUCAUUCAUCGGGCUGUCUGCCAGAUCAAAAUAUUCUGUGACAAGGGUGCUGAGCGCAAGAUGCGGGAUGAAGAACGCAAGCAGUUUAGAAGGAAAGGAAAGGGGCCAGACACCAGCAAAGACAUAAAAUCAGCUGCACUCCCAGGAUACAGAGGAACUGACAUCACAUAUCUGAGGCCAAUGACAGAUAUGGAAACCCAACCAGUGUUGUUCAUCCCUAAUGUUCAUUUUUCCAAUCUCCAACGAUGUGGCGUGGUACUUCCUGCUGUUACAGAUAAUGACAGGCUAGCACUAAAAAGAAGUUGUCCGUCCUUCACAGGCACCCCUCCAUCUAAGCAAAAGUCUACUGAAGACCCUCAAAGAGUAUUAUUAUAUGUACGGCGAGAAACAGAAGAGGUUUUUGAUGCACUCAUGCUGAAAACACCAGAUCUUGUUGGAUUAAAGAAAGCUAUCUCAGAAAAAUAUGGUUUAUUAGAAGAAAGCAUAUCCAGAGUCUACAAAAAAUGCAAGAGAGGGAUUUUGGUCAAUAUGGACAAUAAUAUAAUUCAACAUUACAGCAACCACAUGGCUUUUCUUCUGGACCUCACAGAUCUAGAUGGCAUAAUCCAAGUUACACUUAAAGAAUUAUAACAUUACUUUGGAUAAACCGAAAAGACUCAUAAGACUAAGGGAUGAGACCCUCAGUAUGACAGACCUCAGAACAUUGCUCAAUGCUUGCACUUGUCCCAGGUGAGCAGAGCAUAAUAUCAUCAAGUAUUGAGAAGACUAUGCUUCUUGGGAAAACUGAUAUGGGACUUCUGUGUCACAGGAGACCAUCACAUCAGAGACUCUGUACCAUUUGGAUUUAUUUUUAUGGUAUCCAUAACUGGAGAAUUUAAAGCUUGUGAGGAUGAGUGGCUUGAAGAUUACCUCUUUGCAUGGUCACCAAGGAUGUUAUGACCACACAGCUGAUAUUGCAUGGAAUAAUUUGCUCUUAGAUAACUGCCAAGGGCAAAUGGGAAAAUGGAAGGGCAAAUGACACUGAGUACUAUAAUAUGCAGGUAUAAAGUACAGUAUAGUGCUUGAGACAAAAUAAUACCAAAGUCCAGCAGUAUAUCCUAACCACAGUAAACAAUCAGAAAUCCACUUUCAUUUGUCUGAUUGCACUACACUGCUGAAACUAUGCAUUGUUGUUAUAGAUUACUACAUAUCAUUGCUCUUUGCAGUAUUACAUAAAACCCAAAAUGUGGACUUAGAGUGUUCAACCUAGGCAUGAUUAGAUAACAAUGAGGUCUUUGAACCUUUGCCUCUUUUAAAUAUAUAAGAUAUGAUAAAGUAUGUACCAUGUAUGUGCAUUUUAAUGAGCACACACAAUCUAAAUUAUGACCGGAAACCAUCAGUCAUUCAAUUACUGGGGAUCGGAAACAACAAGUCCAAUUACGAAUGCCAAAUCCUGGUGAAUAUGGGUACACAGGCACGCCGUAUUGGUUUCUUGUGUCCAAACAUCUAUCAAGGCUUCUUACAAAAAGUAGUACAUUUUUAUCUAGCUGCUGAAUAUUAUAAUUACCUUUUUAACAAACACUUUUUUUUAAUCAAAAAUGGCUGCCAAUUUUUAAGCCCCCACCCCCUUCCCAGCCUUCUAUUUUUAAAGAAAAAAUGUUACCCAUACAAACAUUUCCUGUUGCUGGUUUGUAGCUUUUGUUGUUACUAUAUAUAUAUAUGUAUAUAUAUUGUUUGUUUUAUGUUGUAUGUAUUUUAAUGUGCAGAAAUGCAUUUUGCCAUUUCAACAACGUCUUAUCACAUUUCUCAGUCUUUGUACAAUUUUUGUUCCAAUUUUUUUAUAUUGCAUAAAUCUAGAAAAAGGCUAAUAAAAUGCCUGGAAAGCUUUA